UAAUAUUAAUGAAAACAUUAACAUUAAUAUUAAUGAAUUAAGUUUUUUCAAGAAAACAUUAAUCAUUAAUAUUAAUGAAUUAAGUUUUUAAAGGAAAACAUUAACCGUUAAUAUUAAUGAUUAAUGAAAAACAUUAACAUUAAUAUUAAUGUUAAUGAAAAAUAUUAACAUUAAUUUAAGAUUAAUGUUAAUGGUCCACCCCUACUAGAGCGUAAGAAAAUUAUGUGUUGAGUAAUAUGAUGACAAAUAGUGAAAUCGAUACUAAUGAUAGAAGAUUCCCAAGUAACAAUCACGGUUUAGAACCAACACUAUCCUAGCUUGUAAAGCUUGACGAGCUGAUCCCAGUGUCAUGAUGCUUUGUUCUCCAUGUGAGGUUUUAAAUUAGAAAAACACCCGAUGUUAUCAGCGGAGGAUUACUAUAAAGUUAUUGAAUUCUCACGUUAUUGUAUUUCAAGAGGGUAAUAUCAUCACACAGACAUAACAGAAUCAACAAGACCGAAAUUUUAGAAUGUAUAAAAUGGUAUUUUGAAAAGAUUACUGAUACUUCGUAAAGUCUAAUAUCCAAAUAAGUUAUCUGUGCCAUCAUAGUAUAGCUGACAGGCAAAACAAGAUAUCGUUAUACAUUUUUAUGGGUCAACUUUGCUAGAAUCGAUAGAGAAGAUGACUGGAUCAAUGCUUACAUACGCAUAAUUCUCUCAAAUUAAUGUUUUUCAGGGUGACCAGAUGUAAGAGUGCAGGAAGAUUGGCAUAAGUAGGUGAGUGACUUCUCUCAAUUCACAUUUACCUGCACCCUCAAUAAAUAAAUGAUUAAAAGAACGACCUACUGACUGCAUAAUCAGUUUAUUUGCUCUAAACAAAUAACAUCGAAACCUCAUUCUUUUACUCUGCAGCUAUUUGUUUUAUGUAUGCCACACCCAUUUGAGUCACUUUGCAUUCAGGAGUAACAAUUUAUCGUACCAAUUUCUAUUUUAUUGAACCUCCAUAGUAUCAUCAUCCAAGAUUGCUUCAAUAGGAAAUUGUUCGGCUUCCUCGCUUUAGAACAGCUUGAGUUUCUGCAGCAAAACACGGCCAUAUCCUGAAGCUUUGCGGCAGAACGAAAAGUUUGAAAAGCUCGACUGAUUCUUCGCUGCCCUUCCUCCACUUUUUUUAAUUUCAUGGGGAGCGUAUUACUAUCGUUCGAAAUAGCAGACAUCAUUUUCGCCGAAUUGGCGUCAAAUGAAAAGAAAAGAAAAAUCAAAUUUUGAAAGAAAUAAGCAAUGUAGAGUGAUUACGAAUUUGUAACGAUCAAGGGUGUAUGAAUGCUAAGAAAUGACAAUCGAAAAAAUUGUUUUUUUUUAUUGUUGGCAGGAGAAAACAGUGUUUUUGUUUCAUUAGUUGCAUUGUGAAUGUGUGUCUUUUUCAUUACUAGUGAAAAUGACAACAAUCGAUCCAAAUCUAUGUUGUUAAAGAGAGCUCCUAUGUGGAUGUAAGAUAUAACAGACUUUGACUGCUUCCUUCUUCGUUUUGUACGCUCUGCACUUUAUUUACAUGACUUAUAACGAAUGAUCGAGAUGUCUUUCUCUUAUAGAGCGCGGCUAAUCUAUACUUCAUCUUUUUAUGUAGUCAUGUGUCCUGGACUGAUUGCUAUGAAAAGACAUGCACAAAAACAAAUCGAUACAACUGGACAUUUGACAUAGCCAAAAGCAUAUCAUUGUUGUGGUUAGCAACAUCACUAUUCUGUCAGCUCAUUAUUGCAACAUUUCCAGCACCUACCUGACUUGGAGCAUCAUUCGGUUGUGCUGAAUGCUUCGGUUGCGAUGUAAUAGGAUUCACACGCUUCACAUGAACCUUAAGUAGAAAAUGUGUAACUUGAAGAUGAUGUAUAUCAAUUUACUUUUCGUCGGAUAUGCUUCCGAAGAUGUGAUGACUGGUUAUGUAGUUUGAUCGGUUCUACUUUUACCCUAAACAUAGUUGUAUGCCGUUGUAUUCUCUCUGACGAUGAAAACAAAACAAUAACACUGCAUCGUUGAUUCCUCUAUGUUUUAUUCAGUUUGAAAGUAACAUUACGUCGUAAUUAAAACGAGGUGACACUGCAUUCUAUCAGGCUUCUUAUAGAUUGUGGGAGAAAAGAUGAAUAGUAAAUUAUUAGGGUUUCAUUCAUCGAUCACAAGCCUUUAGAGAAUUGAUCACGUUGUUCGAAACAUACGUGCAACUCAUUUCGAACUGCACUCACAGAAUACAUUACCUACGACAUUGUAUAAGAGUGUCAGUGAGGUCAUUGUCUUCAUACAGGUCGGCACCUACAACUACACCCAUACCCUUAUUAGUUUGAAUGAAAAAACAGCUUCUAUUGUUGAGUGAAUUACAGAAAAUAUAAUUUAUUGGAAGGAUGCAGCUAUCAGCACACUUUUCAAAAGUAGUCCGUGAUCAGCUCAACAAAAACUUUCACGACAGGUGGAUUGAAAAAGGUAGAGCAAUAUCAGAGACUCUUCGAUUGCCGGAUCUAAUAUCAUUGGCCUUC